GUUACCUCUGUAUAUAAUAGAGCUAACUCUGUAUAUAACACCAUAUAAAUGUGUUAACACUGCAUGCAACGGUGAAAUAUAACUGUCACUGUGUUUUUGUUGUUGUUUUAGCUCCAGUUAAUACAAUGAAGCCAAUAAAGCAAGAAAUACUGAUGUGGCAAAACAAGGCAGAAGUAUUACAAAAUAAAGUGAAUGAGUUGGAAGCCUUGAACAGCGAGCUUCGGCAGCAAGUAGUGGAGCUUUCAGCGCAGCAAAAUGACCUGAUUCCUAGUACAUCAGGGGCACGUGAAGAAUCUGGUGCUGUUGACCUUUCUAGUGAUGGGAACACAUCAACUGAUUUAGAGUCAUCAGUCACAGAAGAAUCAUGUGAUGACUCCUCUUCAAGUUCAAGUUCAGAAGAGACUCAAAGAAGAAAAACAAAGAAAAGCAAAACCAAGAAAAACAAAAGCAAGAAACAUAAGAAGAGCAAGAAGAAGGACAAGAAGAAUGAAUAUGACAAGAUAAAAAAUGAGCUAACAAUGUUCGUGAUGUCAUACAUCGCUAUAAAAGGCUGCUGAAGCUGACAAGACGUGGAGCAACCAUGACCAAAGCCUUCCAAAGAGAAGGUGUCUCACGGAAUGCAGUGGCCCAGCUCGCUCCAAUCGCAGAGCUGUACUUUGCAGACAGGGAGCAGUUUAACAGCAUCAGCUUCACACCAGGGAAGUUAGCUGAGUUUGCUCAAAAGUGCAGAGAACACAUAGUAGGGGAUGUAUACAAAAAAGUGCUGUUGAUGAAAAAGAAAGGAUCACUUUUGCCUUUCUGUUUAAAUAAGUCAUAUUUAUAUAUAUGUUCACUAUUCGCUAAGAGCAUGUUUGCAUGUGUUUUUAUUUCUUUGUUAACAGUUAUUUGCAACAGUGUUUGAACUAAAGUGAAGAUUUUGUUACAAAAACAUUUUUAGUUUUCUGAAACUGUAAUGUUUUUUUUUUUUUUCAUGUUUGAUUCUCUCUGUGGUCUAUUAUUUUUUUCUUGACAGCAGUUCAUUAAAAGCAGUUGGUUGGACAAACUGAUGAUUCUGUUAUUUAUUUCCCAUUUGGCAGAUAUGUACUUGUACUGUGGUGUUAUUGUUUUCUUAAUCUUAAAUCAGAUACUUGCCAGUGUCGGUACUAACUGUCUGUUGACUGUCUGCUGAACAUCAACUGACUAGUAGCCGUGAUGUUGGCCGUAAGAGCCAUUCAACAGCGUUUCUUAGAUUUUCACUUCAUUUUGAUGGGCCUAAUGUGACAACAGAUGAAUAGAUGAAUGUACCUCAAAGUAAAAUGACUGUCUACUGAAAGGUAAUUUAUAUGCAACAAACAGUUAGUAGAGCACUCUUAAAAAUACUUUCGAAAGCAAAAGAUCAGGAGUAAGUCACCUUAUAUAUGUUUAGAGUUCAUUUAAAAUGAUUUUGUGUUGCUACUUAAAGACAACUGAAUGCGUUCUGAAAGUCUGUUGAUACACUGGUUAACAGCUACAUGCUGACUACUAAAAUGCUCUUACUUUGCUGUAUAAAAGUACGGAGAACUUACUGAGGAUUUGUUGCUUGUCUACUAAUAUGCUGUUGAACAUCUACAACUUAAAUUAAUAACAUGCUGAUA